AUGGCAUCUCGCGCCACGGUAAUUUAUCCGAAACAUUUCGAUUCUGUUUUUGGAUAUUGCAAACACAUAUAAGAAGGGUUUUGACCUUGUACUCCUUUUCGUUUGUCUAAAUAUAUAUAACCGGUUGUUAAAAUGAAAAUAUACCAAGGCUCGUCGUGUGGUAUUACAAAAUGGAAGUAUAUCCCUCCAUUAUAAUCCCCUUUAUUAAUAAAAAGGAUAAAAAAAUCAUGGACUCAAACAACCUGUUAUUGCCUUAUCAUAGAAGGCCCUCGUUUUCUUUUGAAAACUCCCUUAAUAUUGAGUCUUUAACUCUUUGCACAACGUUAUACUACGAAGUGUUUUUUCACUCGUCAGUCGACCGAUUCUAGUUCCUUUAGGCCAUCGUCGACAGAUACCCCUAGGCUUCACACCUGUUCGUCUACCGCCUGUCUUCAAAAAGGGCAUAGUUGUGAAUUUAAUUUAGGUUUUCUGUUAACGGAAGAACUAUAUUUAGGCGGUAAUUGACGCUGUUUUAGACAGUAAUCGUUGUUAAGAAUAUCGGUCGAAAUCACGUAUCAGACCAUGCCUUAUGCACGCAGACAAAAUUUCGCUUGGCGAAAUUUUGUCGAAUGCUCCUCAGCUGGUGCGCAAAUCCUACGUCUUGAAAUCCAUAUAAUGCAAAUUUCCAGCAAGCAUUCUGUUAUUAUAAUUUGUUAUGUUUUUUUCUUUAAGUUUACUCUGCAAAUUCGUUUUUCUGAAAGUUAGGUUUCAUUUUGAGCUUGACUGCUCAUUGAAUUUGUACGACAAUAUUCUCCUUAUGUUUAACUAAGUGAUUUUACCCACAUCGAACAUGUUUUGGCGUUUAAAAACACUUUGUGACCUACCAAAACUCCGUCAGUGCAUGUCAACGCAUAAUUUCUGCAUAAUGAACAUAUAGGACUUAGUUUUCCAGCAACAUUCCACGUAGAUUGCAUUAGCUUCCUGAUAAACUGUCAUGCAGUGAAAAUGUGUUUUCCUUUUUUGUUUGGUUUGGAGGCUCAUUAGGAUUAUGCAACCCAAGCGCUCAAUAAAAUGUUUGCUUGAUUGCCCCGUAGACGCUUUAAGAAGUUAUUUUUUGUCCUUUCGUCUGUUAAAGCCAUCUUCGUUCCAGUUUAUCUACGGAAAAACACAUGUGCCUGCUCAUGCUCCUUAUGCUAACUUAUAUACACCUGACUUGCGGACACGAAUUGUGGCCGGACGUGAAGUGGUGGAUUCAAUUUCCCUGAAUGCACAUUUCCUCAGGUCUGAUCCUCCCGCUGUGGUGAGAGUUUAUAAAUCGAGUAUCCUUGGUCGUGUGCUAUUGGUUACAAUCGGACAAUUCUUUCCAUUUAUUCUCCUAUCAGCGUCUAUCAGUUUGAUCGCGGGUUUUAUUUAAGAAAAAUUUGUGUCUUGAGACCAGUAACCAGACCGGUUGAUCAUCAACUUAAUUUUACAUCUUUCAUAACUCAACAUUUAAUUAUUGGAUAUUAUCGAAAGGCUGACAGAACGAUACGGCCUAUAUGGCGCUGUUAAGACGCCAAAUGCAUUCAAUACCCGAUUGUUUUGAAGUUGAGAAGCUUAACGACAAAUGUUUUCUGAUUUCGACCCAGUCAAGAACUGUUUUGAAAGAUCGACAUCAAUAAACUACAGUAUGUAAGCUAAAAGCAUUGCUUUUACAGUUGUGUGUAUCUCACGCACGAUGGCCCGCUGCGUUAUUUGUAUUAAUUCAUUCAGAUUUAAGCAAGUUGCAAAACUGAUACGAAGCACAGCUAAAUCUAACUUAUUUUCUAAAGAGAGACUCAUUUUACAUCAGAAUAUCGAUCGGCGUUGUCUAGUCGGCGGGCUGCGUAUUACGGUUGUUAAGCUUUGACUUCGAGCUGCAAGUUAGAAGCAAAAUAUCAUUAAAGGUUGAUAUUUCGAACAAUUAAAUUCACCCCUGUGGCAUUUAAAGUAGCCUAAACUUACAAAACCCCCGUAAGCUAAUAGGCUGCAGCCCUGGCUGACUGGCUUUUCAUGCAUGGUUGAAUCUCGCAAAUCUACAUUUGUGAGGGUUCACUGCUGAGCAUCGUCUUUUCGAUGUGAUUGCUGUUGAUGUAUAAAACGUGAAAAUAGAUCUCAGGCGGAAUCGAACCUUGCCUCAAAUCGAUCAUUACAGAGUCAGUUCCGAUAUUGCAUGUACCUUGGUCUUAACAAAUCGAGCCUGGGAAAGCAAUCAGAAUCGGACGGUUUAACUUUCUUGAUGGUGCGUUUUUUCAAUAGCUGACUGUUCAUCAGUUUUCAAGCACUUGUGUCUCAGCCUUCCUCGUCAAGUGGGGAACCAUAAUGGACUUGGCGAACUGGAAAUGAUGUUGACCGUCUACCUGACUACCUCAACGCAAUGCACGACAAGGCCCGUAGUACUCGCCUGUAAAGCAUUCCGCAGUUGUGAUACACUGGAGUAAACAGUACUUGUUAGACAGAAAACUAGGGGGCAAAAUCGAGGAAUUUGGGAAAGGUAGCCAGACGCUUAGCGCUCCAUGAUGCUGGUUUUGUUGGCGCGCGCACAUGUCGGCCACCCAAACACCCCCGUCGGGGAGCUUUCUUUCCAACUUCAAACGGCACUUGUUUCCUAUUGCAAAGAUCAUCAUGGCUUCCCUACUUUAGACACUACACGUCGGUUCCAAGUUCUUUGGUAGGAGCAAACGAGUGUAUUGUGUUUUGCGGUCAGUCGUACGCCACACGAAGGCCUUUUUCACAGAGAAAAAUCUCCUACGUCAUGCCUAGAUGAACUUGGACAGUCAAGGAACAUUUGGCCCUUUGUCCAUACAAUGAAGCGCUCUUCUCUUCCGCCACAUAUUCAGCCAUCUCUAGGGUAUAUGGUUAACCGAAAACCCCGCACAUACAUCAGGGUCAGGCCUCCAAUGUAAAUACCGUAUCACUGAAGUCAAACUUGAGUCUCUUUGGCUGGAACUUGGUAAUGGAAUUUUUCGCAACAAGUGACUGAUGCCCACUCACGAUCAUUUCAAGGACAAUUACCCAACAAGGGUCGGGUUUGCAGGAUCUUUAAAUAAUGAGUGGGUGAAGAGGGUUAACUGUUUUUAAACCUGAACAGAAGUCCAUACUGUUCAUGCAAGACUGAUGACGAGGUGAGCAGUGGCUCACUGUUGGCACUGAACUGCGUUUCUUCGAAUACAGACCAGCUAGACACAACUAACUAGCCGCUCAGAAUUGGCACAUUUGGUGGUUUGACUGUGGUGGCACCAGAAACGGCUAGAUCCCGGAACGCCAAGUUAUGAAGUGCGCUUUCUUUUUCUAGUUUUGUUAUUUGUACGAAAUCUACUUUUCCCUCCCAUUUAGCGCCAACAUGCGGACGCAGUUUUUGAAAAUCCUAAAGAAUCGACGCUUAAACAAAAACUAGUGCCUUGUCGGUACCAUCUAGUGAGUCCUCAGAAGGAGCAAAUGAUGGAAGAGGAAGCGAUGAUGAGUCGGGCCCUAAGCUCCGACAUUGCGGCCAAGAUUGGCGCGAAAUUGCUGAGGAGGAGUGGCAAGGUUGACGGUCGUUCAACUCGCUGUGAUACACUAUUUCACUUACUUAUGAGAAUAAACACACGCCUGUUGACAUUGGACUGCCUCAACACAGGGUUGGUGCCGCUGGAUAAGCUGACUUUGGUCUGUAGCCAGUUUGGGGUAAGUAAUUUUGGGAAUAUGUACGCUUCCCGACCAUGUCCUUCCAGUAUAGGAUAACGUAAAGAAAAUUCGUAUACCGGGAACUCCGGCUUAGUCAGAAGGAAUUCGUGAGCGACAAAUUUAUUUCGGUUUUGCAGUUAUUCAUCCGUUCUUUUGACGGAGCGUAAUCAAGAAUAAUGUGAUCAGCACACGCUUAUGCCUUCAUUGGACUUGCCGUAAAGUGGAUGCCUAGAGGAACCAAUGGUCACUGUGAUGUUUAUUUGGCGUUUGUCUUCUGAAGUAAAAAUAGUUGCUAUAAAUAGCCACAAUGAAGUAGAUAGGUUACUUUCACCUAUUCCAACGGCUUGCACAUUGAUUUCCUGUGUGCAGCUAUGAAAACUCUGACAACAAUUGCAGCAGGUAGCCAAGAGCGAGGUGAAGUCUUUAAUUUCUUAGUUUAGUGGCAAGUACUACUAGGAAGUCUUCUUUCCCGUAGCUGAUGUGUUAGGCACUUCCUCUGAAAAGAUGUUUGAAAGUCUACUGAGUCACUGUUUUCGCUAUAUUUUCGAGUUUUAUUGCAGAAUGCAGUCAGCAGAGCAUAUCAUGACCUCUUUUGCGCAAAAUUCAACCAAAACGUAACUAGUUCAUUCGAAAAACCGCCAUGGGAAGUGGUGAAAAUUGACGCAUGCAAAACGUUUCGCGAUAACUUCAGCUCCUCAAUUCAUCCGGAACCGUUCCUGCCAUGAUGGCCCUGCUACCAAAAUAGGCAAGACGUUGACAAAAUUGGCACAGGGCACCAAGAUAGCUUGGGACGAAUUGACGUUAAAACUGUAUUAUCGUACUUUACAAGAAAAGAAUUCGGUAAAUUUUUUGAUUCUGUAUACCAUUUGCUGACCUAUCUACGUUAAAAUAGGCUGGGCCCCGACUGACUGCGUUAUGCGAUUCAGACGUCAAUAUUUCGACCUGCCGGUUUGGAACGAGAACGAGUUGGCCAAGCUGAAGAUUAUUCAUAACGGCAAAUUUCCUGAGUCUUCUGUUAAGCCUGCAUAGAAGCUUUAGGUCUGUUAAAUGUUGACCAACUGGACACGCCACUUGCGUCUUCCAGGAUAAAAGGGGACACUGUCAGCAUUCCCGACGUGAAAGAAGAUUAUACGCCCAUUUUCUGGGUGGAACGAACCCACCUAUCUUGCCAUUUGGUCGGUUAAACCGAUAACUGAUUAUGGGUGUCCGGCUUCACUCGGCAGUACUAAACAGGGCUGAUAUUUGCGCAGAAGACCACUUCAGGAAGCAGUUGUUCUUGACCUGAAGUUUCGAGCAAACAAAAGUUUCUAUCGGAAGUCGCAUUCUACUCGCGCAUCCGUGUGUUGGAAACCCUCGUUGCUACCGUCAUUGGGUCGCUGACCAUCCCUGCGGGCUGCUCACAUGACAUGGGAGGGAGGGGGAGGUGGAGAGCAUCAUGGUCGAUCCUGCACACCCUCCCACCCCACCGUGACGCACCAAUCAAAGACGACGUCUGGGGAGUGGAGGGAGGGGCGAGUGACGGUCGUCCGGAUUGUCCACUUUGUGGUGCCUGCCAGGGGGAUGGAGCAGCUUUUGGGCUUCGAAAAGUUGGACUGAAAAAAGUACGCUGUCGGAGACCUUGGGAAGGAAGCUUUAUACCGAACUGCAAAAAAAUAGUUUCAUGCACCUUCACCCAGAGGCAAGGGCGAAAAACUCGUCCAUGCAAAUUUGAAGGUGGUGUUAUUUGCUGCAGUAACUGGUAGACUAUUUACAAUGGCACCGUAUUUCAGCCAUUAUGGAACAAGACCUCCUGACAACUAAACUACGAAUUUACUGUAGGAGCGCUGGCGGACACUUUGUUCUCGAGUGCCUUUAGAAUGAAUACUAAUUUGAGGAGUCCUCUACAAACAUCCCGUCAUAGACGCAUAGUCUUAACACAAAUCUUUAUUAAGGUCAGCACAUUUAUGAGGCGAUAAGGAGCGCACGCCUACUUUUACUGGCCCUUCCGAUAUACUUUGGUGCGCUUGUUCAACCUAGAGACCAUUCUUCUUAACUUUAUAACUAUCUCAGGUGCCAUUCAACCCUUAUCUAGGAGCCCAAACUGACUUUGCGGGUCACCGGAGAAGUACAAAUGAUCACAAACUUUUAAAGUCAACUGUCAGCAGCAAUAAAGCAGAGUGUUUGACCUGACCUUUGCAAACGAAGUAGUACUUUCGUCUGCUAGGCUUACUCCAACUUGCAAAAACAACUUAAAGCUAGGCAGUUUUGUCUGCUGGCCGGCGUCCUCUUCUGGCAUGCAGCCGAUCACUAAUCAAACGUUCCAAAGUACUGAAAAUUCAACCGUGACGGCACCUGCUAUUUAAAUAAGGUCCGGUGGUUCAUCAGUCUCGUUCGUGACUUCAUGACAGAAUUGUCGCAUGUGUUUAUCGUUCUUCACUCUGCAUUGCCUUAAAAUAGCCAGCUCGCUUUUCAGUGAAGUCCAUUGUAGUAUUUUGUUAUGAAACACUACUGAAAAUUUCAAAAUUUACAGUCCGAAAACGCUCACCACAAAGUGCAAUCGAACAUCUGUCUCUAAGAAUAGACGCUGACGGCGUAAAUCCAUCAACAGUACUUUCCCGUCGUCUAUCCGGACAAGAUUAGUUUAGUCUUAGCGACUACGCUGCUGAAAUGAUUCGGCAGACGUUUCUGCCUUGAAGGAAUAUCGAGUAAUCCGCUCAGGGGAUGGGCUGAGGUGCGGUAGUCCCGAGACACAGAGAACCUGAAAAUUAAUUGGUGACUGAUGUCUGCCCAGAAACAGACGCUUUCUAGACAUGCUACUUCCUGUCUUUUGACCUAAGAGAUAAUAUCUGUAAUUUGCGGACUCCUUUUUACUCCUACCCCCUGCCAGUUGGGCUUGGACGACUCGAGUUUGCAGGAAUUCGCGCAAUUCUUCCUACGAUGCAAGCUACCUCUCGCUCCGUGUAUGGGACCCGUGGAAGUGGACUACAAACUCUUCCUCAACGCCUUGGCUGCUCUCCAAAGGCCUGAAUCCCACUUUCAGUACGUAGCGGUUUGAAAUUUUACGGGACUUGAAUCUCAGGCUGUUGUGGCGGCUUUAACAGCGGCUUCACACUAGGCAUCACAAUAAUCAGACCAAGAUCCGAUUAGCUGGAGAAGACAGAAGACAUCAGAAUGAAUAAUUAGUGCAUAGAGCAGAGGACAGCAAGCGAAGUUAAAUUUUUUUCAUCUGGGAACAGCGUGUUCUCGCGAGACUAAGUUGUUAGAAGGCCCGGGGUUAUGAGAUCGUUGCUACGGCGUACGCUGCUACUUUUGAAAUCACGAUUAAGGGGAUGUGUCUCCUGUAGUCAUCGUGGUUGCUGAGCCGAUGAAAGCUUAUCACGCUGCACGAAUGACUGAGGCCAUCCGAAGAAUAUCCUCUUCUUUGUCGGCACUCCAUCAUCUGCGUGUACUAAAAAUCACUACGUGACUGUCUACGAGGACGCCAAUUUGAGCAGGCACAACGGAACGCGUACAGUAGGUGGGCAAACUAGUGAAAUGUCAACCGAAAUCCCGUAAUAGGUUUUCAUUUCGAAAAGAUUAAUUAAGUAGGCUUGUAAAAGUAAUCAGCCUGCAGCAUAAUUUUAUAAUGAUUCAGCUACCUCAGGAUGCCGGAUUCCGAAAGAACUUCCUCCCGGCGGCAUACGUAAACAGCACUCUGUAAAAAUUACUACUUAAGGUAGCAUGCAUUUUUUCAUUGAUUCCCGAUGCCCUCAAAAAUUCAAUAAUAUUUCAUCGAAAUUGCAUAGAAAUAUUUAUUAUUUUGCUAAUUCGGUAAUAAAUUACGUCUUCUUCCAAUUUUAUACUCGAAGGAGAGACAUAAUUUAGUUUUAAAAAGUUUCUAAUUGUGAGAUUUUUAAUACCGUGAAAUUGCCGUUCAUAAAACGUCAGGUCUCUGCAUUUACCAAUUUUGCUUGUAGAGUUAACAAGAUGAAUCAAAUCGAAUGCUAAACUUUAUGAACCCUCCAUAGUCUCCUCUUGAUACCGUAGAGAAAUGUGUGGUUUUCUGUACUCGAAAAAUAUACGGUUUGUAGUUUGGAAACUCUGGAUGCAAAUAUAACGGCAGAGCGGGUUCAAAAUGAUUCGGGUAUUGGAAACGUUUUUGAAAAUCGAAUAUUGCCUUUUUUUCGAGUGUGACCGUGGAAAAAGACUUAAUUUUCUACUGGAUGGGCAAGAGAAUGGAUAUUUUUAUUCAUGUUUUCAAUGAUAUAUAAUUAGACAUUUAGGGGCAUCGAAAAUGAACGAGAAAAAUGCAUGCUACUUAACUAGUCAUUUUUACAGAGUGCAGUUUUUGCAUGCCGCCGAAAGGAAGUUCGGUCAAAUGCCGGCAUUAUACAAUUAUGCUGCAGGCUGAUUAGUUAUACAAUCCUACUUAAUUAAUCUUUACGAAACGAAAACGCAUUUCGGAAUUUUAGUUGACAUUUCAUGAGUUAGCCUACCUAGUGUGUAUCUGGUGUCCUGAUUGGGCGAGGGUCACUCUAACUUCUUGCCAGGGUGUUCUCACGUUCGCGGUAUCAGGUGCUAUAUGACGCAAACGAAUCGCUGAGAGCAGUUUUGCCAUAAAAUAUACAGAAGUAUGCGAGCAGAGGAAACUAACUAGGCUCCCUGAUAUACUUGGUGACCUCUUGGAUCAUGGUAGUAGGAUGUUUUGACUGAUUUCUCGAAACCAUACAAAAGUACCCUUCGCUUAUCUACUACCUCCAAUUAAGCAUACACCGAAAGCCCGUUGUUCUAUCUGAAUUAAAACAGUUCCCUAAUAAGCAGAUAAUCGUUUGGCGGGUGACUACUGCGACUUUGGGGACUGCGUCAGGGUUCGACACGCGCUAUUGACCCCCAAACAUAUAACAAGUGCUAUACAUCAGGAUGCUGUGACACGCCUGGAUCCGGUCUUACGUCGCACAAACAGUUGCGCUCGAUUCCCCUUCCAGUUUUCUUUAGUCCAGACUGUGCCCGUCUCCAUUGAAUGAGAUAGGGGAGAAUGUGGCGGGCGCUGCGCAAGUCCGCUUUCAUUGAACUACUUCAAGCGUAAGUCACUGUACACGCCCAACCUUGUCGUGGGCAGACGGUGGACAUCGUCCGCAAGGAGGGUCGGUUGGAUCGCAGUUGGUAGCCAGGACCCCUAUUACAGGUGGCCGGGUUUUUUUUUACUGAGGCUAUUUUGUGGGGCUCCAUAAUCACGUCUGACCCAUUUGGCUUCCGUUUUACGUUUGAUGUUAGGAUUAGGGCACCGGUUAAUGGUUUCCAGUUUUCGGGUUAGGGUUAUCCCUUGAGGCUUAGGUUUUCUGGUUACGAUCAGGGUUUGGGCGUACGAAUUGGUUCAAGUAUUACGCAUAGGUAUAUCAGUUACGGCUAUGCCUAAGGGUUACGGUUACUUUUACGAUUUCGGUUAGGGUUGCCGUUAUGGUUAAUGGUUAACGUUUAAGGUUGAGGUUAGGGCUAAGGUUGGGAGUAGGGUUAAGGUCGCCAUCCGCUUCCCCAUUCCUGGCUACCAAAUGCGAUCUAGCCGGACGGUCGAACUGCUGAGCAGUUGUUUAAAAUGCAGUACUGUAUCGCGUUUGGAACCGGUCACUGGGAACACGAAUGGCAUUGACUCGGCGGCAGACUAAAUAAGGACGCCAGGUCCACCAUCAACGCUCUACCAACUAAGCCACGGGCCGGUCGUCUAUAAGCGAGUAUGUGAACACGCUUCCAUCUUAGUCAAUUUUCUCGAGCUCAGCCGACAGGGUAACGAGCCCAAAACCCAAUACGUAAGACGAUACAUUAUAAUAAACGCUCAAUGAUGAAAAAACUCCGCUUUGAACCCUAAUUCCCACAGAAUUGGGACCGGGCAAAACCGAAGCAUGACGGUCGAAAUGCUGAUCUUUUGUUUAAAAUGUACAAUAAGUGGGCUAACUCAUGAAAAUUUCAACUGAAAUUCCGAAAUGCGUCUUUGUUUCGAGAAGAUUAAUUAAGUAUGCUUGUAAAACUGAUCAGCCUGCAGCAUAAUUCUAUAAUAAUUCAGUUACCUCAGGAUGCUGGAUUCCGAACGAACUUCUUUCUGGUUGCAUGCAAAAACCACACACUGUGAAAUGACUACUUAAGAAGCGUCCAUUUUUCUCAUUGAUUUACGAUGGCCCCAAAAAAUGUUUGAUUAUAUCACAUGGAAAACAUGAUGAAAAUAUUCUUUUUUCGCUCAUUCAGUGGAAAAUUACGUCGUCUUCUAAUUUUAUACUCGAAGAAGGGACGUAAUUCGGUCUUAAAAUUUUUGUCAAUGUGAGACUUUAGUAACGUGAAAUGGCCGUUGAUAAAACGUCAUGUCUCUGCAUUUAGCAAUUUGGCUUGUAAAUUUGAUAAUAUGGACCAAAUCCAAUGCUGAAUCUUAUGAACCCCGUAUGGUCUCCUCUCAAUACCGUAGAGGAAUGUGUGGUUUGCGUACGCGGAAAAUACAUGACUUUUAGUUUGGCAACCUUGAAUGCGAGUGUGACGGCUAAGCGGAUUCAAAAUUAUUCGCAAAACGGAAAAGUUUUUUAAAACUGAAUUAUGCCCUUCAUUAAAGUAUAGAUUUUGAAAAAAAACGUAAUUUUCUAUCGAAUGAAUAAAUAAUAAAUAUGUUUGUUAAUAUUUUCCACGAAAUAUACUUGGCUUAUUAAAAGCAUUGAACGUCAAUUAGAAAAUUGCACACUAAUCAAGUUGUCAUUUUCUACAGAGUAUAGUUAUUGUAUGCAGCCGCAGGGAAGUUCGUUCGAAAUCCGGAAUCCUGUCGUAACAUAAUUAUUGCAGAAGCAUGUUAUGGGCUGACGAGUUUUACAACUCAACUAAAUUUUUCUUUUUGAAACGAAAACGCAUUUCGGAAUUUUGGUUGAUAAUUCAUGAGUUAGCCCACCUACUUUACGUUUCUGUCACGCCUGCUUUUGGCUGAGAAUUGAGGGAGAAUCAUCAGAACCAAUUGGUAGGUAUAAAGAAUGGGGUGAAUGAGGUUUCAUUCAUCACUAGACGGCUAUUCAUAAACUAAACUUAAUUUCAAGGCUUCAUUGGUUAAUCUUCCGCAAAAUAGUGCAGUGGCUGUAGGUAGUGUUGCAAGGGAGGGCAUACGCGAACACAGGUAUCCUUGGUGCCGACUAAUCUUUAGUCGCCGCUCGGCCGAUGAAAUGCACCGGGAACUUCCUGCGGCGGAAACUAUCAACCGGAUGCUGUGACUGGCAUAGGACUUGCGAGAAUAUUCAUGGCGGGACAACAACAGUCUGGAUAGUUGACAGACCAGUGUCUAGUUAUAAACCAAAACCUUUUAGCCAUCUGUUUCUAGAAGUGUCUGCUUUCGACAAACCGACUUAUGCGCCAUGGGCAUAAAAACAGGAAUCACUUUCCUUGCGUUUCAAAAAGUAGACGCUUUUAUCUCUGAAAAAUUUUGGAUUUGUUUCUCACAGGCGUCCGAGAAUGGCCCUCUGAGUGCUUAAUGCAUUUGGGCUAUCAGCGGAGAAGCUGUUUUUAUAAAAAACACACCUGCAAACUUGACGGACGAUUAAUUUCAUUUUGAAAAUCAGAUGCUUUCUAUUGCUGUUACAAGACGAGUACCGUUUGCAGGAUAACUUGUUUGACGCAGUUGCUCUUAAACCUAAUCUUGUCUAUUAUUCUUCCAUGACGCUGUGACAACCUUACGGUUAGAUUAACUUACUGGUUGUGUUGUCCGAUAGCAGUAAUUCCUGGUCUCAUUCAGUCGGACAGUUUUCAAUAACCGGUAGAAAAUUCCAAUUAUUCAUCUUGCUUUUUAAUUCAAUUAUAUUCGAAACAUAUUCCUUCAUGAUUUUUACGCUGUUUUAUCUUAUUUUGUCUGGUCGAAAUCCAGUGAAUGUGGCCCCUUCCCAAAGCAGGACCCCUUGGCAAUAAAGGUAUUAUAGUAUUCUUUCUUCUUAAAGUAUUUCUCUAAAAACGUAUCACGCUGUCUCUUCACUUGGUGAAUAGUCUUUUAUCAACGACUGGUUAUAAGUCAUUGACCUGGAAUUUGUCAACUUCCCAUUAGGUACAGAGUAAAAUAGGAAGUACUCCACCAGUCCUCGAUAGUUGUAGCGAUAAAGUUAAGUCAGAGUUAAAAUGCGCUUCUGGCAGAGAGUCCGCGUUAACCUCUUCGCAUGUUAGGGCAUGGGUGGAUUAAUACAGCGCUUAACGCUUCUCAGCACAUUUAGCGAAGGCCCAAUCCAAAAUAGUUCCAGAGCAUCUAGUUGACAGUGGCCAUCAUAUUGAUGCCUUGGUCGCCGUAUUGGUUUUUUUAAAUUGAAGCUCACCUGAAUCGCAUUUGCCAGACAGAUACCAGUCAGCGUUUUACUUGUUAUUGAACGUGCGCUGGAAAAAAUAACUCAUGACAACCCAGUCGACUGAUUGGGAUAGGAAAUACUCGCCGGCUUCAUCUAAACUGCAGUGACACAGGAAAAGUGGUUGUAUGGUAAAAAGCGAAACUUUCCGCCUGGAUGAAUGGCAACGUUACGAGCAAAUACAGUUUAAAUGUGAUGUACGAAAGUAGUUUUCCAUUAUUCCCAGAACAGCUAUCUACCCUCAUCUACAGUAGGUAUUCGAGAGGAUUUCUGCUCGUCGGUGAUUAACACUAUAAUAACCCUUCGUGCUUCUGACACAAAUGCGAUUUUGAAAGUAACAGUUAUAAUUUUGUCAAAAAUUUUACUUUAACGUUUUAGGCUUUGUCGGCCUAUCAGUCACCCCACGUGUAAGAAAGCAUUAAAGUUUAAUAGUGUAGACUUCAUACGCUUGUGCUUGUCACGGUAGUUAGAUUGCGAGCCAAAACCGGAGUUAUAUUUGUAAUGAUAGAGGACCCACUGCUGGGCUGAGCUCAUCAUAGUUGUAAAAUGCUGCCAUGACAAAUUGGUAUGAUAUAUGUGCGGGCAUGUUACUAGUAGCAGUAUUAACGAAAUAUAUUACAACAUACACCCAGUGCCAGUGGUAGCUUAACGGAGACAAAUACGUUAGGUGUGCUAACUCAUGAAAUGUUGGUCAAAAUUCUGAAAUGCGUUUUCGAUUAGGAAGGAGUACUUAGGUGGGGUUGUAAUACUGAGUAUCCCGCGGCGUAAUCCUAUAGUAUUCCAGACUCGACCAGAUGUCGGCUUUUGAAUACACUCCUUUUCCAUCUCCUGUAGAAACCGUACUCAGUAAAAAUGGCUACUUAAGUAGCAUACAUUUUCCACACGGAUUUUCUGUGCUCUUAUCAAUUCAAAUAUAUUUUAUGAAAAACAUGAACAAAAUAUUCUUUCUUUCAAUUGUUUGAUACAGAAUCACGUCGUCUUUAUAUUUUAUGCUCGAAAAGUGCGUAUAAUCAGGUUUUAAAAACGAUUUCAGUUACCAAAUACUUUGGAGCCUGAUCAGCCGUCGCAUUAGCGCCUAGUGAUUUCAGUCUACAAGGGGCAUACGUUCAGCUUAAGGAAAAUCAUACUUUCUUCUAUCACUUAAAAAAUGCCGUAUUGAGUCCAUAAAUUUUUUAAUGGAUGCGAUCUGUGUUGUACAUUUCAUGAGGAACAUUGGUAAAAGGACAGGUACGAUGCUGCAUGAAUAGACAUUACACGGUCUUGAAAAAUCUCGUAAUAAAGAACUUUUUUGAUACCUAAUCAUACUCUUUCUUCGAGUAUGAGAUAUGAAGAUGACGUGAUUCUCUAUCAAACGACUGAAAAAAGGCAUAUUUUUGCUCAUGCUUCCUAUAAAAUAUACUUAAAUUCAUGAGACCAUCGCAAAUCAACGGGAAACUUGCAUGCUGUUUAAGUACUCAUUUUCUACCCUGUAGGUUUUUACAGGGGAUUAAAAACAGUGCAUUCAAAAGCUAAAAUCUUGCCGAGUCCGAUAUACCAUAGGAUUAUGUCGCGUGAUAAUCAGUAUUACAACUCCAUCUAAGUAAUCCUUCCUAAUCAAAAAGGCAUUUCAGAAUUUUGGGCAACAUUUCAUGAGAUCGGUCACUCACUGUAUGUAUGAUCCUUAUAGCACUCAGUUCUUAUGUUCUUAUGUCGGUCAGAACGGGGCAAAACCAACUACAUCCGUUAGCUUAGGCCAGAAGCUAGGAUAUCGCGAUGCUCAAAGCUUAAAUUUUCUUUUGCAAAUCAUCAAACUUCAUGGUGUAUUUGAAAACCUCUUCAAGCCUAACAUUUCUUAGGAACUUGGAUAUGCACCCGCGAGCAAUAUCACUUAUCCUCCACUGUCAGUAAGAGGAUCCACAACGGAACGUAGAAACAGCAGUCCACGCGGCAAACCUUGGUUCUCGAGAUUCCUACUCAUGGCGGGCGACCUGCACAGUCUGAAUGGAGACCACUGGGGUGAGCUUGAUUAAUGACAAAAUAUGCAGAGCCUACUGUUUUUUUUACUAGUAACGUUUUUGUUGCCAAAUAGUAGAUCCGCAGGAUGGUAGCUUUUUCCGGUAUCAGGACUUGUACGGCGUUUACCGAAAUCCUCAAAUUACACAAGGCAGAUAGAGAAAACAAUUAUCAUAAUUUUGGGUUUCUACUGACAGAUUUCUCAACAAACCACGACGAACCCUUCAGAUUAGCUCUGUGACUUUAUAGUCAAUAUCGCUCCCUAAGUGGCGCACGCUUUUCCCGGCUUCCGAUGACCGCAUAAAAUAAGGGAUGAAUAGACGUUUAAUUCGCACAAACUACUUUAAGGAAAUAGCGCCUAUUUAAAUAUGGGCAGACAAAAUUGCCAUAUAUCUUAGUCACCAAUAGUUCAGCAACCGCUGCACGUUUUUUAAACACGGCGUUUGUAACUUUCUCCAUUUGCAAGCUAAUCAGGCAUUUUAACAGGUAGAAAAUGUUUUUUUCCAAUGGAUAAGGUAGCAAUAUUUAGAUUACAAGGGAAGUAUUUUAGACGAGGCAUGAUUGCUUUCGAAAGUCAGUCUAUUGGUGUGCGCCUGUUCCUUUAAAAAUAAGAAUAUACACAUAUAUUUGAUAGUGAUUUUUAACGUAAUGUUAAUACAGGUACCGACUAAAAGUCCGACUACGCACUUCACGAUAUCUUUUUACUGUCAAAAUUAGGAGUUCUGCUCCUAAGAUUGUCACCAAUGUCCUAUUUUUACUUUCUGACAUAUGAACUCCAGAUUAAUAUCAAACUAAUAAUUUCGAAAAUUCCCAAGCUCAUGACUUUGAAUUAAGAACCCGUGGGAGGAACUUUUAGCCUCGGCUAGCUGAGGAGGCUUAAUGGGUCAGAGAUGGCUGUUUUAAACUCUUUCGUCUUCGUAUUUAUUCCUUCUUGCAUGCGUAUAUAUAUAUAUAUAUAUAUAUAUAUAUAUACUGUGAUAGAGAGCUCUCACGGAUUCUGUUACUUGACCCGAUCGUCGCUGUUGACCUUUAAACAGACGUGGCCGUCCACCGAUACAAUGACUUCUUGAAGAGAACAGGGCAAAUACCUGUCAGAUCGAAUUAAUCCAAACCGCUGUUACUGAUCUAAAUACUGUCUUAGGAAAAGAUCGAUACGGCCGACUGAAACAUUUGUAGACUUCCAGAGGAUGGGAAAGAUAUAUAAUCACAAUAAAAACUAAUAUGAGCAGUUACACAUCGAUUAAGUUAUCACCUCUGCCACACCCAAUACUCCACACAUGACAUUCUACAUUUGAGGCAAACUUAGUGUCAGUUGGCUGUUGAGUUUGCUGACGGAAACGAAGAGAUGCGUUUCAGGAAAUAGUCACGGAGAAGGAGACGAUGGCUGGAACAAGUGCUUCAUUAGCCUGACGUUUCGGAUCUUCACUCGGGAGCUACCGACUGUGAUAGGCAGUAGCGGCGUAGCAACUAUAUCCUAGAAAUAUUGCAACACCCGGGCAAUCCACUACCCUUAUCUAACUCUGUCUCUGAUGAUGGAUUUGAGUGAGAAUCCGAAACGUCAGGCUAGUAAAGCACCUGUUCCAGCGAUGGUGUCUCCUGCUCCGUAAUUGUUGAAUUAAUUCGAGAAGUAUUUUGGCCGUUUGGAUGUAGGCGAGGACUAAUUCUCUGAACACACACGCACAUAUAUAUAUAUAUACAUCAUACGUUAUUCUCUGUCUCACAGGACAGCCAUUGAAUACGAGCGCAUGUUUUAUCCGGCUCUCAGAUAGUAAUGCUCACCUUGUAACCAAUGGCUCCAGACGGAGUACGACAGUCAUGUAAAUUGAACAAAGUAGGUGGCGGAAGCGCCGACAAUUUACGGUACAUCAUUAAAUUCGAACCUUCUUAGGUACAAUGGACAGGGAGGAUCUGCUUCUUCUGCUGUACAGGCUCGACCAACGGUUUCGGCUGUCGCUGUCCGAGGAGGAAGUGAGAAAUGCGAUUCUUCAGUCGACAGUAUCACCAAAGAAUGAAAGAAAUAUCCACAUUGAGUCCUUCUUACGCGCGUUAGCGAUGAAUCACUAGGCGAGGAAUUUCCCGGCGGAAGAAACCUGUCCCCGUUCGGUUUCACUGUCUUGUAUCUGAAUCCCUCUGUCAUCUCUUAUCCGAAGUUCUAAUAAACUUUCCUCUCCUGUCCUGAACUUUGUUAUCACACUUCACUAACGACCUUUUUUUAAAAAUUAAACUUUUUGGUGCGCGACAUGUCUCUAGACGUCGGAAAUGUUAGUGAAUGUCUUAACCGAUGUCAGUCUGACCCAUACUCAUACCCUGCAAUAAAACCGGCUUCUAGAACAUCAGCCUCAUCCGACUUUCAGCGCUCCUGAUCGCACUUGACAUAGCACGGAUAUUUUAACGCAUUAACCAAUGAACAAAUUCCAGAUUUCAGAUCAUCCCGCAGCGGGCUUGCGGCGUUGAACAGAUGACAAUCAUAAGCGAGCCUGGAAUGACCUCUGUGACUUUACAGCAACCCCCUUCAUAGUUGUGGGGGACAAUGAGUUAUAGUUCCCUAGCGGUUUUACAACAGGGUUAAAUGGCCAUGCUUCUUUUGUUGAAGAACUUCGAUUCAAUUACCGGGAGCUUCAGACCAUUGGCUAAUGUUGCGUAAUACACAAGCGCGACCAGUCAUUUAAAGUCAUUAGUUUAGCACUGGCUACUGUUAUCCAGAGCUCAUUUGAUGUCGCAUCCUCACAGUCUCUGACGAUGGCCUCUUGUACGAGACCGAAAGCUCAGACUAAUAAACCUACUGUCCCAGAGAUCGGGUCUUCAUCUUCUUUACAUGUUAGAAGUGUUCGGCCGUUUUGCGUCGUGGGAUUAGUUCUGGAUUAUCUAUACAAAACAAGGGGUAUGAGACUAAUUGACGAAAUAAUAUAUAAGCAUAUAUAGGAAUACUUCAUUACAUAACAUCGUACUUAUACUGGAUUCGAAAGGACCCACAAAUCAAAUCUACGGAAUUACCAUCCCUGGUUGAAAUUUUGCUAGUGGCGAGAUUUGAUUUUAUUCUCUAGGCUACAAGGAUCUCUGAUUUGUUAAGUGAACAUCAGAAUGCCCCAUUAACCGUCUGACAGUUGGGUUCGAUGUCUAUUGUAUAUGGAACUGAUGAGAAGUAGAAGCGAUCGAUGGAACAAGGGUUUUAUUGGCCUGACAUUCCGGAUUCUCACUUGCACCCACCAUCAGAGACAGUGGCAGAAACAGACCCAUUUAUGUCACUGCCUUUUGUUCCAGCGAUCGCUUCUACUUAUCACCGACGAGUGCCUGGAAAUCACAUAUUCACUUGUAUCGGUAGAUGGGCCUUUCAUGCUAAAGCUUACUUCAUAACACCUAUUUUUUAACGAAAAUCUGCACUAUACGGAAAACUACGCGUCUCCUCAUUAACAGUUUUCUCUGUUUUUAACGCAUGAAGCAAAAGCCCUUUCGAUCCUGGAUAAGGACCGGCGUGUCAUUUUGAGUUCGUUUCGCGGAAUUAGGGUGUUGGCUCGGACAAGAACUGAUGGUUUUACGAUAUUGGCUACUCACUAGUAGGCGUUACUCCCUCAGUCAGGUUCGUCUCACAAUGCGAGUAAGUGACAUUAGAUGCCUAAAUAUGCAUUAGCUUAAGUAGUCAUUUCUGAUGAGGCUGCAAAACAGAAGAGAUGACUUACAAAACGCAAAAAUAUUCCCGAUCUCGGCAGACAGGACGCGAUUUAACACAGCACUUGGCGGUGCUUGGUAACAAACUGGUUAGGGUUGGGUUGUCGCUGGCGGGUAACGGCUGUUUUAGCGUCUCACUUCCCUGCGGACAAAAGUUCCACAGAGGAAUGUAAAUGUCAGGAAGACACGCAACCAAUCAUUACCGUUGUGCAAUCCGGCGGGGGAGUGAACGUUAGUCAGAUGUACCUUUGAAACCGACAGUCUGCAUGAGAAACGUCCCAAGUAGCCCGACGACUGAGACGCUAAAUCUAAAGUCGGAAAAUCGGAACUCAUUGUACGUGUGUUCUGAUCACAAAUUUCACUAUCAUUGAGCUGCGUUUCUAGUAAUCUUUAGGAAUUCAGAUUAUAUUGACUAGCAAGAUAACCGUAGUAGUAUAUGAGUCACCAAGAGUAGAAUAUGAUCUCCCUCAGAAGCACAAGUGAACUUAAAUGAACAGCAUCCACAUGCAGUAAAAAUAUGCAAGGGCUGAUUAGUUUUAACGGCAAAAAGGGGUUUGGAAAAUCCCAUAUUGUUUUUGCUUCACUCAGUAUGCAUGUUCAUCUCACACGUUUCCCUGAUGACUAAUAAAUUGGUCUGCGACAGGUAUUCAGAAAGCUUUUAAAUUGGAUUCCUGACAAAUGGGUUAUUAGUCGGUUUAUCCUACUUAAAUGACAUCGGAAGCAUUGAUUUCAGAUAUAGUGGGGCUCUUGUGAGUUAAAAAUCAUUGCCAGAAACAAAAGGAAAUGAAGGCACUUAGUGUUCCGUUUAUUGCGCUGAAUUUUUUUGGAUUUUAGUUGAAAAGGCGAUCGUAUAACAAAACUUAUCCUCUAGAUUACUAUAGCAAUUUUAAAAUUCAAAAGCUUAACCUGUGUAUUUAAACAUUCGGAAUUAGUCUUGUGUAAAUGAGAUGAACAUAUGCAUAGCAACAGAAGCCUUGUAAAGUAGGAAAAAAAAUCAGAUCUGGAUACUUAUUAUUCGAACAGUUUGCCUUCUGGGGCUUACUGACAAGAUUAAUGAUCCUGCAUAUAAAUCAGGCCGGCAAAGUUAAUUGAGGUAAGGUUUGUCGCCGCACGUUCUUCAUUGGUUAGCUUCCUAAGGCAGUUUGGUCUGAGAGUUCUUUUUACCUUCCAGAUAGUAACCAAUCAGCAACAACCAGUCUAGCACAGGGUUGCAUUCUUCCGGUUUGCAACGUAUCCCGCCGUCCAACAAUUUUGAAAAUUGCAUCAUGCUUAAUCCAGCGAAAAUCUCUAAUGAUACCAUGUUUAUGGUCCUCUUAUUCAUGUCAAUCCUUGUUCCGAAGGUCGAAAGUUUGGAGUACAGAGUAGGUAAGAUCUUGACUGCAUUUUGCAGAUUUACCAGACGUUUGACUCUUGUGAUAUUACUUUUAAUUACUUGGUAUAGGCACUAUCCGUUGCCUCUUUCCACGCCACACUUAAAGUAGAUGUUUGUGUAGAAAAAUGCUCAAGCUUCUUCUACUAUUCAACCGAGAUCUAAUUCAAGGACGCAGACACAUUGAUUUGACUGGAUGUCUUCGUAUGGAUUGUCACAGUUAAUCAUCUACGGUGGGCAGGACAGUCACGGAAACCAAAGGCGCACUCCAAUUUGAAAAUUUGCAGAAAAUGUGUGGAGAACUAUAAAAAGGAAUUAAACCAAAUGCAUACGUAUUCAUCUUUUUUCAAUGGGUUUUGAUUUCUUUGAUUUCUACUUGGGUGCUUGCUAUCAUGCCCAACGAGGACACAAUAUUUGGUUUUGCCAUAGUAACAAGCCUCUGAGGCCGUGGGAAGGGCACCCAGCUUCCGAAACUUUUGUUCAGCAUAGAUAACGUGAGAAUAGAGCGUUCAAUAUCUAUUUAUUCUGAAAAACGUGCCGUUUUAACUUUUGAUUGAAAAAUGCAUCCUAUUGUGUCAUGUGAACAACCAGUUUUAUUCCCCUCUCUAGGCGUGUUCUAUGAUAGCACAUUCAACGCCUCAAAAUGGAAUCUUCGGGAGACUUUAUCAAUGCUUUCUGGGCGAAUCACGAUGAAGAUUCUUUCUCAGUUCGCGAUGGCUUUAAAUGAACCGGCAUUCAAACUGAUCUUCACUUUGAUAAAUGUCGACGUCAACAUACGUAGGUCCAUAGUGUCCAUUUUUGACUGCGAGAAAGUGUUUCAUCCAUUGUGGGAGCAAUCAGUCUGAUAAAGCAAUUGGAAUUUGGGCGGAGCAUUUCUUUCUGUUUUUUUGCUUAGUGACAAAAACAAUACUUGGGUUAGAUGUGGUUAUGUAUCCCCACUUGAGGAACAAAGUAUUGUCGGGGUUGGGGUUAGGAGUUAUGGUUAUGGGUUAAGGUUAGGGGGUUGGGGUUAGGUGUGGGGGUUAAAGCUUAGGGCUAUGGGCUAAGAUUAGGGGAUAGGGAUUAGGGCAACAUUUUAUCGACCACGCUGAGUACAACCGCGCAUUCCCAAUAGCUUCUCUUUUGCAUACGAUUACUUGACCUCGUCGCCUGUGCGUUCCGAGCCCCAACUAUAAAAACCCCGAUUACCACCGGUCCCGUGUUAGAGGUGACUGGUGUUUGUUUACUUCAGGUGGGGCUACAUAACCACAUCUGACCAAUACCUGUCAAUACUUCUUAGGUGAGACUUUGGCUACACUACAAUAUACUGACAGUGCCUCCGCUGGAUAGAUUUUUUCAAUCUCCACAAUCUUAUAAAUUCACAACCAGGGCCAUAAAACAUAAAUCAACACUGUGAUAUCAGAUGGCCUCCGGCAUCGAUAUUUAUCUAUAAUCUCGGCUUGAUAAGUACAGGCUGCAAUGAUCAUUCCUCCUCGUCUAUCGGGCGAGUGGUUUGGAGCUAUAAACAUGGUCGCAAGUAAAAGCACGAGAAUACUUCAAUAACGACUGGUGGUUAAAGUAAAUCAACAGUAUCAAAACAUCAGAACCCUCGCAAGGACCAUCAUCUGCUAAAAUGAAUCGGGUUUUCCUUCGUGCAGCAUUUCGUAUCAGUUUACCGAAAUGAAGACACUGACAAGUUUUCGGUUUUCAAAUGCCGGCAGGCCCUCACUCGGAUUUCGAUCACAGAUCGAGUGGGCUGAAUGUGUGUGAAAACCCCCGGAAUUCCAAAAUGAUCUGCGCUGUAAAUACGCUGAACCCACUUCAUGGUCAAAAUUGCUCAAGGCACCCGUUAUUGGGGUUGUGCAGAAUUCGUGCGAGUCUGUACGUCCCUCAGUCCAAGCGCUCGUCGUUUGUGAGAUUCGAGCAGCCAAAUUGUACACGCCAGAGGGAUGAGAGAUUGAGGCCGGUACUUGGGAGUCCAUUACCGCGACAGAUAAUAGCAUUCACCAUUAUAAUAAACCUGACACACGUGAAUUCAUCACUACGUUCCAAGAGUCGUGGCUUGGGAGGCUGCCAACUGAGGCAGCGCUAGUUGAUGCUCCAUAGAACGGGAAAUAGCGGGAAUGACAAUAAGGUACCCUUUCUUUCUUUGUCAUGAAUCUAAGGAGUUUGAGCCCAUUACGAUCAGCUGAAAGUCGUGGCUUCGAAGAUUGCCAGUUGACGGGAAAAAUCAGCCCACCUUCAGAACUUAGAAAAGGCCACAACGGCUCCCUUGUGGUGUGAUACCACAGUCUUGUAAGAUUCGCAACUACCGUUAUCCUUCAAAACUGAUGUAUGAAAUGACAAAAAUUGAUUUGCUAUCGCAUUAAAUGCUAACCGAAGUUCAAAAAGACAACUUAAUUAGGGUUGUCGUGUUACUUAUCGUUUCGCAUAUUACCAAGUUAUUCUAGUCAAAUCAGAAUUCUGGCUUUCGAACUAGCCCUAUAUCUGCCAACUGUACGCGCAAAAUCUCGUAAAAUAACUAAUUGGGUAGUAUGGGUUUGUCGAUAUAUUUUAGGUAUCCAUAUAGAUUCAGGCAUAGUUCGUAGAAAACAUGCACAAAAUACUGUUUAUUUUACUUAUUUAAUCACGAAUUGCGUCUUCCUUAAAUCACAUAUUCACAAUAAAAGUAAAUUUUGGUUUUUCAGAACGUUCUAAUUAUAAAAUUUUUCAAAACGGUAAAAUUUUCAUUUAUACAGCAUCGCAUCCGCAUCAGUGUAACGGCAAGUAAAUUUCAAAACUAUUCAAGAUUAAGAACGUUCCUCAAAGCUUAUAGACAAUUUUUCUUCAGGUAUGGUAAUUUGAAGAAAACUUAAUUGGUUAUCAAAUGAAUCGAAGUAAAAUAUAAUUGUGAAUCCUUCCUUCAAAUAAAUGUUCGAAUUUGCGAGAAAGUCAAAAAUUAAUUGCAAUAAUUCAUGCUACAUAAGUGGUCAGUUUUCACGGCGUGCAGUUUAUGUUAGCGGUCGACAAGUAGCUCAUUCGGAAGCCGGCAUUCUGGAGUGAGUUAACUGUCUUGGCCUUAUGGGACACGACAAUUAAUAGGAUAAACCUACUUCAGUUAUCUUUUUGGAUUAAAAACACGCCUCAGAAGUUUAAUCAGCAUUUCAUGAGACAGCGUAUCUGCUGUACGGAGUUAAUGGCCUGGCCGUAUGUGGCAUGCGUUUCUUAGUUUGUUAUUACGACUUCACAAGUUUCAGUUUUUUGGACCUUGUCUUCUUCCUCCUACCUCUUCUUCCUUUUCCUUCUUCUUCUUCUUCUUCUUCUUCUUCUUCUCCUCUUCCGAAACCAGCUGUCAUCAAAAGACAGUCAGAUCAUGCGGUCAUCUGAAAAUGACGACUGAUUGCCGAAAAAAGUAGAAAAAAAAACAAUGCCCAGCACAUAUACUAUCUCACAAAAUGUAUCUUUGAUUAGAGAAGAUAACCUGAGUAAAGGCGUAAGACUCAUUGUUGAGCAAUAUAAUAACAAGAUAUUUAAGCCACGAUAAGAUCCCGGCCUUUGAACGCGGCUUCUUUCCGGCCUCUUACAAGAGCAACAUUUUGUAAAAAUAACUAUUUGAGUAGUAAAAGGUCCUCCUAUUGAUCUUCUAUGUCAUUUUAUAUUCGCAUAUAUUUUACAAAAAGCAUCAGACCACUCGGGUGCGUGCUGGACCUGGCUUUCCAAGAUUAGGUUCAUUCGGCAAAAGUCGUUCACGACGACUCUUUUGACGGCAAAAUGAAUCUCUUACCUGUUAUCAUAAUACUCAACUGAUUUGUUAUCGUUAAAGCAGAAAAAAUCACCGCUUUACUACUAAUGCGCAGCAUUUACUUCGGUCCAAUUUCAGAGCUGUUUGAAAUCGCAAAGGACAUCCACCUGGUGUUUUCACUGACAAACUAUCGCCGAGCCGUCCUCAUCAGCGAGCUCGCCCACAGAGCUGGGGUCUGCCACAUCGACCUGACGCACUGGCCUGCACGUCGACGGCAGGGGGACACGGAGCCCCGGCUUCUACACUCCACAAUCUGGACCGGCAGUCCGUUAGGUCUCGGCGCCAAAUUUCUUGAAGAUAUUCUUAGGACAGAGGAUGUGCGCAGAGGCAUAGAAUUGAUAGCAGAUGUGCCCGAGCAAGGUACGCGAUCUGUCCGAUGAUAUCGAAUGUGUCUCUGAAUAAGCAAAGUACUUAAAACAUAUUCCUGGCAAGCCUGCGCCGUCCUAUAUGCCAGUAAACAUUAGUGGACCAUUAAUAGUACAGCAGCAAUGUAAGAAAUACCUUCUAUUCAUUUCUAGUGAUCUACACCCCCGACAUACAGUAGGUGGGCUAACUCAUGAAACGUCAACCGAAAUUCCGAAAUGCGUUUUCGUUUCGAAUACAUUAAUUAAGUAGGGUUGUAUAACUAGUCAGCCUACAAAAUAACUCUAUAAUAUUUCAGUUACCUCAGGAUACCGGCUUACGAAUGAACUCCCUUCCGGAUGCAUAAGUGGCCAUUUUUUACAGACCAUUGUUUUUGCAUGCAACCGGAAAGAAGUUCGUUCGAAAGCCGACAUCCUGGAGUGAUUGAAUCAUUAUAGAAUUAUGCUGCAGACUGAUUAGUUUGACAAUCCAUCUUAAUUAAUAUUUUCGAAGAGAAAACGCGUUUCAGAAUUUCGGUUGACAUUUCAUGAGUAAGCCCACCUACUGUACUUACAACGCAUCCAUAACAAGCUUUCACAGUUCUGUAUGCCAUUUAACAUUAAUUGGCUAUUGAAAGUACGGCAGCGAUGUAAAAAAUACCUCCUAUUCAUUUCUAGGGAUCUACACUCCCGAUAUACCUACAUGCGAUCCAAAAAUGACUUUGUUCUUUAACGUGAACAGUGAUAUGCGCAGUUGUAUUGUAUACUAAACCUGGAUGCUGAGGUCACGAGCGGUUAUUUUAAGUCAGAUAACUAUGAACUUGAAGGCACUUUUGUAGUGAGACCAAAGUUCGAGUCCUAGGUGUAUGUGAACCUGAGGGCACGAGAUGUUAUGUUGAGUCGGUAGCCUGUGGGCAUGCCUUUGAAGGAUUAAAAAAAUUCAAGUGAUGAGGAACGAUUCAAAUGCAAGUUUAUUACGGAAGACAAUGCAAGCGAGAAAUUCACUCGAACGGGGAACAUUCGCUCCGAAACUGAGUAAAUCGUAAACUCCUGACUCACAGUGUAGUUCUCUGACUACUUGCUACGCACCUAGUCGAUAUUCCCCCCGCGAGAAUUGCAAGAGGAGCACAUUUUCGAAUCUGGCAACUACUCAACUAUGAUCGUACGGGAAAUCUCCAAACGCAGAAGACAAAAAGCUCACACCGAAGUAAAGUCAACUUCCAAGGUUGAUUGCUAAUCUUUCUGUGGCUGCAUAUGCUAUCAGUCUUUGAGUAGAUCCGGGUAUCUCAAGUACGCAACGAGAACGGAUGCAGUUUCCAUAUUAGUUUGUUAUUGACGGUCUGAUGUUGACAGUAAUUUUUUCCUUUGAAACGUAAAUCAUUUAAGGUGAACAAAAUGCGUAAAUAGAAGGAAUAAAAGUCAAAAAUGACCAGAAAUAAAAAGGAUAAGUAAACAAGAAAAUUUUCGUCACAAGAGUAUUUAACUGAUUAUGCUUAGCUGGAUUCAACUGAACCGCUGUUAUGACCCAUAGAAGCCUUGCAGAUUUUGAAAUCUUCGCCAAUGAAAUAAAGGCGACGAGUGCAUCUGUGAAGGGGAUUAUUUGCUUAUUAAAUAGGACUAAUGAGCUAUUUUUCAAUCAAGGAUCACAGUAUCAGCAAGCAUUAUAUAUUUAAAGUGAAUAUGCGUUUAUGCAGUUAACUAGAUCUGCCUUUGAAUUUUCCUUGAAAGCAUUUAGAGGAUACAGCCUUGUGAAUCCGUUCUCACUAGUGGAACGCAGCAUGUGUGUUCAUCCAGAACCAAUGCGAAAUAUUCGCUACUGAGAUCAUAAUUUUUUAAACGCAUGUAGAAUUCCACUUUCGAAAACCAAUGUUCUUAGCCGUAAGAAAUUUUUCGACAGCUGGCCUUGUGUUUGUUAAUUUUAAAAAUCAGCUUCGGCAGGUAGCUUUUCCUGGGGACCUCUCAAUUAAUUUCAUUCAUUCCCACAAACGUACUGCUUAUACAUUAUAUUUAAGUUCAUAUGUAAAACGUUGAAAUACAGAUUCCAUUACCUAGGUGUAUGCGGUAUUUCGGCAUAGGCUUGUUCGACUUUCGGAGUCGAAACUUGGGCCAGGGUUGGGUAUGUAACGCAUUGGGGAGAGAGUAGUUACCCACAAACCUAACGACAACCAUGGCCAUGCCUGCAAUGGGAAUUCUCUGACCCGUAGACAUUGAAAGAAAACUCAGACGUAAGCGUAACCUUAAGCCAAGCCUCAACCCUAAAUCUGAACCACAUCCUAAGCCCGGCAACCAUAGUCCCAAGAAUAGCUCAACUAACGCUUAUUCUAACCGUUGUCAAAACCCUAGCCUUGAGCCCAAAACGGGCAAAUGUAAUGUCAAUAACGCUAAUGAAGGUCAGAAUUCUCUUUCCGCGUAAUUCCUUUUGCGACCUACUGCCGGGUAGACCGUUAUGAAGCACACAUAAUUAAGAGAAGAGUGUAGGUUUUCAAACAACCACCCAGGGGGGUUACAUACCCAACCUCUGCCAAAACUUCUUCCUACAACGAACUAAAGCAGACCUGCCCAAUGCUCUUAAGGCUGUAUUCAGAAAUUAAAAUUUAAGCGCUUAAACCACGUCCCAAUUCUGUGCCCCGCCAGUUCACUUUUUCCUGUUGCCUGUCAUAGAAUUUCCUACAACACCCACCCCGGGCAGCCGACGAGCAAGUCUCACAAGAAUCGUGAUCCGGCGACAUCAAGGAGACAGCAAAAAACCCCUUGCACGACGACUGCCGUCCACCAAUUUGACCAAACUCUUCCUGGACUGGCAGCCUUACCCACCCAAAUACGUGGUCCUGCAGACUUGCGGUUUAGAGUCAGAGGAGAUCCUUCGUGAGGUAUCUGUCUAUUCGCCCAGUCUAACUUCUUUGUGUUAGUGGGGGGGGGGGCGAAAAGAUAUACCUACGUAAGUCUGCUUAUUAAACCACAUUGUGGUCAGGUCUAAUUUCAUAGCCGCAUCUGCGGUUGACAAGCCCCAGCCGCCUGGCAUGCGGGACCGGUGGGAAAAGGGGGUCUAACACUAACACCUAAAUUCACCCUUAACCCUUAACACUAGCUGUUUACCCUUAUCCCUAAUCACUAACCACUAACUACAACCCCUAGCCCUAUCCCUAGCACUGGCCCCUAAUCCCUUAACUAACCCUUAACCUUUAACACUAACCGUUUACCCCAAUCUACAACCCUAACCACUAACCACAACCCCUAACCCCGAAGGCUAACCCCUAACCCGUAACAGGUGCAGCUACAAAUUAGGAUCUUGCCGACAUAGUAAACUUUUCUUUAUUAAAAUGAGGCUUUAAAAUAAAGCACCCCGUUCAGAUUGACUAAGUUGAGAGAUCCGGGUUGAUUAUUUAAAUAAGAAGAAGAUGGGCUCACCCGAACAGGUAUAUUUAGAUGCUGACGUUUCGAAGAGCUUGGUCGGCUCUCCAUUGUCAAAGCGUAAAAUGCACUUAAUCGACCAGUAAUCCCAAGUGGCUUGUCACGUUGGUCGGCCUCGUACUGAUCGAUUUGUCUCUCCUCUCGCUGCCUCAGCCUAUCGGCGGUUGGUUGACGGGCCUUUUGUCUGCGUGCCUUGUAAGUCAUCACUCCGUCGGGGGAGGUGAUUGAACCAGUGUUGGGUGGUCGGUCUGGCGGUUCUUGUUCUUCCGCCUCAGCGAGUAAACUCGCUUAUAAAGUAUGGUGCAGAUAAGAGGGGAACCUGUGUUAGAAAUAGGCGAUCGUGCACGAAAAUAAAUAUGUACUGUUUAGGGCAGGCUGACUUUUACGUUGGAAUAAGUCCUUCCUCUACUAAAGGCGGCCUCGUGCUAAGUUCCAGGGCUGUAUAUGUUUACGUGUCCUAACUUUAACCUUGACUCUGGUCCUCUUAACACUAAUCUUGACGGUGGUAGAGGCGCGCUCCCCCAUUGGUUCUACGAUCUCGCUCGUUUCUUCGUGUCUCACGGGCUCACCGAUCGUUCUUACGGAACUCACCCGUUCCGUUGUGCCCUUCGGGCUCCCUAUCGAGCCCAACAAGCAGCCGCAGAGUUGCGCAUGUCAUAGGCAGAAUGACGUUACCGACAAAGACAAGGGAGACUGGAAUGGCCAUUUCUGGCUUAUUGACCGCUUUCAGCCAGUCGUACCCGGCACCGAAAUGUGAAACACCUGGGGCUCGAUCUUGCGACCUGUUAGUUAGAAGUCCAACGCCCCUAACCACUGAGCCACGGGCUCGUUGUUUCGUCGGUUUCGAUCGGGAAUAUGCAAUGGUAGAGGGGCGCUCACCGAUCGUUUCUAAGGAACUCACUCGUUCCGCUGUGCCUUACGGGUUCUUUCUCUCGAGCUCCAGAUGUUCCACGUUUUGCGGUUGGGUAUGACCGGCUGACGACGGUCAAUAAGUUAGAAACGGCCACUAACUUCUCCCUUGUCUUAGUCAGUAAUGCCAUUCUAUCUAAGCUUAACUCUAACCCUAGCAACUCCUCUGUAAUUUGGUGCAAGGCAGCUUGUGACACAGAGCUUAUAUUCUCGUGUCUUUCGCGGAGUGUUUACAAGGCAACAUUUUUGGGAGAUGAGAUCGCCUUCUCGUGCAUCGGCAGAGUAGAUGAUACGAAACCCUGUUAUACGCACUAAUUAUCUUCUCAAACUUUCAAUCACUUUCCAAUUUCCACUUCCACCUCCCCCUUUCGCCUACCAGGAGGCGAUAUUGUCGUCUAGGUUUUCCUCCAAGGACAUUUUAGACAUUUCUAACGUGGUUUGUCUUUUAUUAACUCCAGGCCUUUAGGCAGGGUCUGGUUUCGCAGAAAACCUACUGGAUCCUCGAUCGGGUCGGGGACGUCUCCAUCAAGGCGAUCCUGGACAGCCUUCAUCGAACCCACUCCCCGUCGCCUGCCGACCCGCACCCCGAACGUCGCGAAAAACGUCCAAAUGUUGGUCUGAUCACCAGGGUUCCUAUUCUUGAUUAUCUCAUUUGCGUCGGAAAUCCACAAGACCUCGAAAUUAUGUCAGUAUACGCCGAUAUCUUCGACUGUGACACAUCACGGUAUCCGGUUAGUUAG